AUGGCCGCUCUUCUCCUGGCGCCCUUUGCCUCGCUCAACGGCGCGCUCGGCGUGCCGCUGCACGCCACGCUGUACCCCUUCGCCGGCGCCCCCACGCUGCACGCCGCCCGCGUCUCGCUCGCCUAUCGCGGCCUCUCGCGGCGCGUCGCGCAGGCCGAGGGCGCCAGCUCCCAGCGAGGCGCACUGCUGGAUGGCGCGGGCUUCUUGGUCAUGGCAUGGGGAGGCUCCUUUCUCACCAACUAUCUCGUCGGCUCCGUGCCCAUCCACCUCCUCUCUCCACUGCCCUUUCUCAACUACAUGUCCGUGCAUCUCCUCCUCGGCGCGCUCCUCGCGCUGCUCCCCUCGCCCAACGCCGCCGUGCUCGACACGCUCGCCGCGCCCCUCGACGGCGCCACGCGUGCGCACGCCGUCAUGCUCGGCGUGCACCUGGCCGCCACGCACAGCUCGCCCAUGGUGCGCAACAGCUUGAUGGCACAGGUUCUCCUCGGCACCCUGGCUGCCACCGGCGGCUCGCAAGCCGCAGGCACCCUCUCCGUCUUUUCCUCGCGCGGCUGGAGCUUCUCCACACCUCCCGUGCUCCUCGCCAGAUCCUUCACCGACCUGUUGGACGUCUUUGCCGCGCUCCUAGCUGCUGUCGUCUACGGCGCAAGCACGGGCACGCAUCCUGCGUACGCCUCGUUGCGCGCCGCGCUCAACGGCGGCAAGGCCGACGUGCUGCUGACGCCCGUGGGAAGCAAGGCUGCAGCGGCACUGGUGAUUGCCGCCGUGUUCGCAUACCGAGCACUGCUGCUGCACUGGCUUCCAACGGCGCCGCAGGUGAAGCAGCAGGCGACGAAGACGAAGGCUCAGCUCGUCGAAGCUGCGAGCCCUGCGACUCCAGCGCACAGCACGAGGAGCACGCGUGCGAAGAAGAGCGCAUGA